GGUCCGGAAGUUUUUCUUAGACCUGUGAUCGAAACAUUUAGCGGACACGUUCAAACCUCUACGAAAACUUUUAUUUCGUUUCCUCUUGAAAACGUGAAAGUUCAGUAUUUUACUGGGGACCGUGAACGCAGCGCGGCCGCGGGGCUGCUGACGAUUGUCCACCAUGUCUCAGAUUGUCCCCCCGAUCCUCUCCGUCGCCCCCAUUCGGGCUCUGGUAGAUGAGACGUUCAAGGUGCUGGUGGACAAUCUGUCCCCUGGUUCUCCGGUGACAGUCCACGCCCUGCACCACUCUGAGGACCAGGACUACUGGGAGGCGUAUGGACACUACAUCAGCGACCACAGGGGAAGGGUGUCUGUUUCAGACGACAUGAGUUUCGGGGGCACGUACACAGGAAAAGAAGCCAUGGGUUUGUUGUGGAGCAUGCGUCCCGUCCACGGCAGCCGCACAGGCCUCAGGCUGAGAAAGAUGAACGUCUCCACCCCCAUGCUGGUGCAAAUCUCCGUCUACAGGGGACACGACUUCAGGGACCAGACUCCUCUGGCGUCGGUGCUCACAGAGAGGUGGUACAUGGCUCCUGGCGUCCAGAGGAUUGAAAUCAAUGAGGACGGCGUGCGGGGGACGCUGUUCAUUCCUCCAGGUCCAGGACCCUUCCCCGGGCUGAUGGACAUGUGGGGGGGCGGCGGCGGGCUGCUGGAGUAUCGCGCGGCCUUGUUAGCGUCCCGAGGUUUCGCUUGUCUGGCGCUGGAGUAUUUCAAACCUGGCGAGCUGUCGUCAGUGGACCUGGAGUUCAAGUAUUUUGAGAAGGGGUUUAACAUCGUCAAGGAUCAUCCGAAAGUGAUGCCGGACAGAGUCGGGCUGUUCGGUCUUUCCCUCGGCUCCAGUGUGACCAUGUAUUUAGCAGCUGAGAGCAAAGUUGUCGAACCUCGUUGUUGUGUUUGUGUCAACGGCAACCACGGUUUUGGGAUUUCCGUCAGGGAAGGUUAUAUCCAGAUGGAAAAGACUUUACACAAGGCCCGUGUGGAUGAGAACAACGCUUCGAUAUGGCGAGACGUUGUUCUCCAAAUACUGAAUGAUUCCUCCUUAAAACUCGACAUGGGUAAAGUAAAGUGUCCCUUGAUGCUGGUCAGUGGAGUGGAUGAUCAGAACACUCCGGCGGUGGAGGUGGCUGAGGAUAUCUCUCAGAUGAUGCGUGCGGCCGGUAACGAGCACCUGCUGACCAGACUGGAUUAUCCGGACGCUGGUCAUCUGAUCGAGCCGCCGUUCUCCCCCCACUUCAGAGCCACCAACUUUAUAGUCCACGGCAAAGGAGAAAAAAAGAUCUUGUUGUGGGGGGGGCAAACCAAACCCCACUCUGACGCUCAGGAGGACUCCUGGAGGAAGAUGUUGACUUUUCUGCGGCUGCAUCUCUGCGGCGACGCAAGUCCCAAAGCCAAGCUGUGAGCAAAGACUGCUGGGAAAGACGGCUGUGUGACGAGGUUGUGAUUGACCGCAGUGACGUGAUCUUUUAUAUAAUAAAUAAUAAUAUAUAAUUAAAGGCACAAACUGUACGUCCGCCUUCUCUGCAUGAAAAUCAUCUGAGCAGCGUCAGCAGGAGCUCCACCUCUCGCACCGUCUGUCCACUGAUUGGGUAACGAGGCGGCAGCUUCUCCGCAGCACACGACGUCUUCACCAAAUACCUGCAGGGACGAAACAGUCACUGGACACUUGUCCAUGGACACAAAUAUUCUAAUAUUAACCCGAUGAAGACAAUAAUGUGAAAACGAUGCUGACCUGUGAACAGCAUUUUCUGAUUAAGUGAACCUGGUGAUUAUAAUCUGAUUUUCUGUCACGGCCUUAAUAUUAUGGUGAUUGUUUAAUAUUUAUCUUAAUGACGGAGUAAUUAUUUAUAAUAAAGCUCCGACACAAUAAUCAAUGCUGAUUAUUUUCAAUCAACAUGUUGCGUAUUAAAAUGUUACUGAUUCCAAUUUUACAUAAAGAUUUAUAGGUUUUGAAUGGACCAUCUAUGUGUUUUAUUUAUUUUCUGUUCAACGUCUUCAUGUCUGUUUGGAAACUUAAAUAAA